AUGGCGUCGAGAACGCCAACUCCCGACCAUGGCGCGCGAGAAAGGCUACCCAACCUCUGGGAAGUGUUGUCCCGCCGCACAUUGGCGCCGGUGGACCUGUUUUCAUUCUACAUCUACAUGCGCGAUGUCCAGCGCAGUGUCGACUACCUAGACUUCUGGCUCGACGUCUCCCAGCACAUGUCGCUAUGUCGACACUACGUCCGCGAACUUCGCCGAUCAGUCCUCGUGUCAACCCCCGACCUCGACAAGUCCGGCUCAAAACGAUCCUCACAGAUUCUGGACAACAUCGAGAGAACAUCGUCAGAUCAAGGCCCAAGUGGGACACAAUAUCGCGACAAGUCAGCGGACAGGCAGACGCCCGACCAACGUUUGAGCGCAUUCCUGAGGCAGGACAAUGGGACAGGACAUAGCCCGCAUAAUAGCCAGGGAAGCAGACAUUCUGAAGGGACAACGCCUGGAGCCGAGCAGCCACCCAGACCGAGCUUUAUGACCGGCAAUUCGAACUCGCCCUCGCCGAACAUUCAUAGCAACAACAGCCCGCAAAACACUGUUGCUCGUGCCGACAUUCGUGCUUCGGCAGAAAAGAUUCUCUACACCUUCCUUUUGCCUGGCGCUGAACGAGAGAUCAUCCUUCCGCAGGGCAUCUUGAAUGAAAUCACACACAAUAUCGAGCGAGAAGGGCGAGAUGACCCUGAAGUUUUUGAUGCGGCAAAGGACUAUGUUUUCCAGGCAAUGGAACGAGAUGCCUUCCCCGGCUUCCUUAGAGCAAAAGCUCUGGGCAACAUCGUUCAGCCGUCGCUCAUGCUCCGCUUGAUCGCUGGGCUGGUCUCCAUGUUUGGAGCAUUCUGGACUGCAUUCGUUCUCCUCUUCCUGAACAAGGAUAGAGCUACGCGAUGCUGGCUAAUCCUGCCCUUCACUGUUGGCAUUUAUCUCCUUGCGUCACACCAGUAUCUGCUGGACCCACUUCUCGCCCUGGCUGGGCUGAGCGAGUACACAUUCCUCAGCUUUGCACGGAUAAAGGAGCCGUUCAUCCGAAAGCUUCUGACUCGGCGCUCACUGAUAUGUUUGCUGUCGAUUGCCCUCAUUGACGCUGCGUUGUGUUGUUUGUUCAUUUUUGUACCAGGCAAACGCCUUUGA